AAGUACCUCAUUAUAGUCAAAAUGUUGCAUCUCUUGACGAUAAUUCUAACCGUUGGCGCUAGUACUACUCUAGGUGCGCCACCAAAUGGUCGAAUUUUUGGAGGAGAACUCGCCUCUCCUGGCCAAUUCCCAUUCAUCGUCCACCUAAGUACAAGCUGCGGCGGUACCAUCAUCAACAAGAACUGGGUACUCACAGCAGCCCAUUGCUUAAUGUACGUCGAUAAUCUCACAGUCGUCGCCGGUACCAACAGCCUGCUUUCUGGAGGUGUCACCUACAACGUCACCCAAUAUUUCUCACACGAAGACUUUGAUAUCACGACAAUCAAAAACGACAUAGCUUUGAUCCAAAUCGACGGCGAAUUUGAAUUCAAUGAGUUGAUACAACCCGCUGAAUAUUUUGAUCUAGAGGAAAAUUCCACGUGUAUUGUGACCGGAUGGGGACGUACUGAAGACAACGACAAUCCUGAUGACUUGCUCUUUGUUGAAUUAACAGGUUUGAAUUAUGAAGUUUGUGGAGAUGUUGCUGGAGGUACUGCUGCCGGUGCGUACUUGGGACCGGAGCAAGUGUGUGCUGUGGGACCGGUGGGACAAGGAGCGUGUUCGGGAGAUUCGGGCGGGCCUUUGGUUUGUGAUGGAAAGCUGGCUGGGGUGGUGUCGUACGCGAUGGUACCGUGUGCUGAAGGGUACCCAGACGUGUACUCAAAACCGACGGCUUAUGUUGACUGGAUCAAUGAAAAGAUCCAGUCGUAAAAUAGGAUACCUACCUUGUUGUUUAAGUGAAAUUAAACUCAAAUAAAUACAAUCCCACCUUUC